CAACCAAAGAAUUUGCCAAAAGAAAAUCCUAACACAUUUCAUUUCGUUUUUCAACCGAGCAUUAUUCAAAACAAAGCAUUCAUUUCGCUUCCAAGUAGUAGCAGUAGCUACUUGUUUGAUUCAUCACUCUUUCUCACACUUUCUCUCCAAUUUCUAGGGUUUUGAAUUUCACAAUGACUUCCCCUGCACAUUUCGACGACCAGGAAUUUGAUUUCGGAGGCGGAUUUAGCGGCACACGUCCAGCUACUAUAGGUAAUAAGAGGUCAUCUCCUGAUUAUGAGGAUGGAGAUUUUGAUAAUGAUCCUCUGGGAAAGAAGUCGAAAUCGAAAGCCGAAGAAGAGGCUGCUUCUGGCGUCACAACUGGAAUGAUUUUGUCUCUUCGCGAGAGUCUUCAGAAUUGUAAGGACACACUUGACUCGUGCAUGAACGAACUUGAGGCUGCACAAUCCGAGAUUAAAAAAUGGCGCUCUUCAUUUCAAAAUGAACUAUUCAUACCUGCUGGGACCACACCGGUACCCAAAUUGGUGAUUAAUUAUCUCCAAGCACUGAAAGCAUCGGAAGAGUCCUUAGGCGAUCAGCUUGAAAAGGCAAAGAAAAAGGAGGCUGCAUUCAUUGUGACAUAUGCUAAACGUGAGCAAGAGAUAGCAGAGCUGAAGUCUGCUGUACGGGACCUCAAAGCUCAACUCAAACCAGCAUCAAUGCAGGCAAGGAGGUUCUUACUAGAUCCGGCAGUUCAUGAAGAGUUUACGCGGUUAAAGAAUUUAGUUGCGGAAAAGGACAAAAGAGUAAAAGAGUUGCAAGAUAACAUUGCUGCUGUAAACUUUACUUCCCAAAGCAAGAUGGGGAAGUUGCUAAUGGCUAAAUGUAGAACUCUGCAGGAGGAAAAUGAAGAGAUUGGGCAUCAAGCUUCUGAAGGCAAGAUGCAUGAAUUAGCAAUGAAACUUUCAUUGCAGAAAGACCAGAAUUCCGAGCUCAGAAAUCAAUUUGAAGGGUUGCAGAAGCAUAUGGAUGGAUUAACCAAUGAUGUGGAAAGAUCCAAUGAAAUGGUUUUCAUGUUGAAAAAUAAAUUAGAUGAGAAGGAUCAGGAGAUCCAAAGACUGAAAGAUGAAUUGCAACAAAAAAACUCUGCAAAGAAGGGGAGAACAGAUGAUGUAUCUAAUGCCAGAGAUUGAUGAGAUGAUACUAAUACAGAAGAUGUUAACUGAUAUCAGUGGAAUACAAAAAUUGUUGGAAACAUUGUUUCCUGGGUUUUCACAAUGGUACAUGGCUGUAUAUUGUAUUCAAAUUGUAUGUUCGGAUUUUUCUUUGCAAUGUAACUAUGGACGAGGUAUGCAUUUUUAUUGA